AUCUUCCAUCAAAUCUAAGAGGAUAGUGCGUAUGUGUUUGGGACAUUUUGAUUUGAUGGCCACCACCACUCUAGCCGACCCUUGUUCUUGUUGAGCAUCAUAAUUUUGACAUUUAGUUGAUCUCCUAAAACCCCCCAUGCAUUCCUCGACCCGUUUUACAUGCUUCGCCUUCACCCCAAAGGAUUUCUGCACCCUCCUUGAUUCAAGGUUUUAGGUCGCAAGGCCUUUGUCAUGCGUGUCCACAUCUCCUCACCACCCAACCACAUGAGCAAACCAUCCUUUAAGACGGAGGCUGAUUCUUCACAUGCUUUGUUGGUGUUCUUCCCUUCUUUGCUUCAUCUUAAGGAUGGCUUUCUUUGCUCAGGAAGACAAAUCCAAGCUCGCAUCGAACGGUUCCAAAUCGCUUCCGGAGCUCCUCAGGAAGGCUUGUGCUCAGUGCCAUGGCUCCGGCCUCAGAACUCUUUCCAAUCUGAGCUCCGUCGAUGAGAGUACUCUCGACAGUGAUCUCGAUCACAAACAGCGGAUAAUACUGGAGAUUCGAAGUCGAGCGAUGAAGACGAAGUCGAGGCCUCAUGAGUUGCUAUUCUCAGGGAGGCUCGCUCGGGCUGUGUCACCAACGACAGGAAGAGCGGAUAUAACCGGAGAGGAAGAACACGAUGACGAUGAUGAGAGCGAGGCAUUCUUCUCGGUGAAGAGCUGCUUUUCUUGCUGCUCCACUGAUGGUUCGACAGAGUUGGAGGAGUUCGGCUCGUUACUGGGAGAGUUCCGACACUGCGAAGGGUGGCCUUUCGGCCUGCGCCGGAGAGCUGUUGCCCUUCCACCGCUGCCGAGCUCUCCUUCCGACUCUUGGAUGUGGCACAAGAGAAACCUUGUCACUAGAACUUCGCCAAAAGGCUUAGCUUUGAAACCAUGACCGACACACGAGAUUUUAUGGAAUAUGAAAGAACUAGAAAUCUCUGUGCAUCUCUCUUUUUAUUUCGGCGGAUGGGUUUAUUAAGUUCUACGAUGAUUUGACAAAACAUUUCCUUUAUCUACAAAUCCAUUUCUUCUUUACAUAUGAUGUAGGCUUAGCACCAUUUUAGCUUUUAGUUCUUUUAUGUGGUUACUCUACAUGUGUAUUUUGUAUUGGAAUAGUGUCUGUUAUGAUGAGCAAAAUAUCAUGGCAUUUGGUUCAUCGAAUAUAGGAAUA